AUUUCCAGCUGGAAUGUUUUGACAACUCAAUUGUUUGUUUCCUUUUAGCAUUUUGAUAUUUAUUUAACUUGAGCAGAAUUCACUGGAUAAUUAUUUAGUUUUACGUUCCAAAGAUCAAAGAUUAAAAUGGAGGAUGGAUUUGACGAUACGAGUUCAUUUGCAAUAAUGACACUCGACGAGAGGCUGAUUGAAUUAGUACGGAGCCACAAAAUACUUUACAACAAACAUUGCGUCGGAUAUAAAGGCCUUGAGGCAAAAAAGGAAGCAUGGAACGCAAUCGGCGAGCAGUUAGAGACCACAGCGGAUGAAUGCGCAAAAAGGUGGACGAGUAUACGAGAACGUUAUUCCAGGGAACUGAGGAAACUUGAAAAACAUUCACGAAGUAAAGAGCAUGUAGUUAUAGACUGGCCCUAUUUUAGCUCGCUUUCUUUUCUCAGAGAAUUUGUCAAGCCAAGAGGUCCUCGAAGUGCAAGCAAUGACACACGGGGUUGGAACUCUCCUGCACCACUAAAAAAGUUCAAAAGCUUUAGUGCUGAAAGUAAUGACUUUUCCGAUGAAAGCAAUCCGCUAGAAGAUAUCUGCAUACCGAAAGUUGAGAUGCCAAUAGAAAUUCAAAAUGCUGUACAAUCCUUUGGUCAAACUGUAGCUGCAAUUCUAUCCGAAAUGAGUGAAGCAAAGCAAGCAAGGGCAAUGCGCGUGUUAUUUAAUGCUUUAAUAUCUAUUAAAACAGCACCCGAAGAAACAAUGACGCUCGACGAGAGGCUCAUUGAACUAGUACGGAGCCACAAAAUAAUUUACAACAAACAAUGCUUUGGACAUAGAGGCCUUGAGCAAAAACAGGCAGCAUGGAACGCAAUCGGCGAGCAACUGGAUACCACAGCGGAUGAAUGCGCAAAACGAUGGACGAGUUUACGAGAACGUUAUUCCAGAGAGCUGAGGAGACUUGAAAAACUUUCAGAAAGUAAGGAGCAUGUAGUUGUAGACUGGCCCUAUUUUAACUCGCUUUCUUUUCUCAGAGAAUUUGUCAAGCCAAGAGCUCCUCGAAGUACUGGCAAUGAGACGCUGGGUUGGAACUCUCCUGCACCACCGAAAAAGUUUAAAAUGUUUCGUGCUGAAAGUAAUGAAUUUUCCGACACAAGCGACUCUACUACACCACCAACAAAGUACAAAAGCUUUAGUGCUGAAAGUAAUGAAUUUCCCGACACAAGCGACUCUCCUGCAACACAAAAAAAUUUCAAAAUCUUAAGUGGUGAAAGUAAUGAAUUUUCCGAUGCAAGCAAUCCGCUAGAAGAAAUCUGCAUAGAAAAAGUUGAGAUGCCAAUAGAAAUUCAAAAUGUCCAAUCACCUGCUGCAGGAGUUAUUGUUAACACAGAAAAUGCUGCAACAAUAAAACGGAUUAGUGCUGUACAAUCUUUUGGUCAAACUGUAGCAGCAAUUCUAUCGGAAAUGAGUGAAGCAAAGCAAGCAAGGGCAAUGCGUGUAUUGUUUAAUGCUUUAAUAACUAUUAAAACAUCGCCCGAAGAAACUUGAGUUUAGAAAAACAGCGCUGUAGUUCUUACCUUUUUUAGCUGCGACUAGAAUUGCAGAAUAUUUUGCUCUUAUUAAUAUACGGUGUUUUAUUAAUACUAGCCCUUGAACAAGGGAUUAAUUGAAGCGGGCUUUUUCUUUAAUUAUAUGCAUACAUACAUACACAUUUUAAUUAACAUUAAUUUGGUACAUAGUAUUUUUUACAAUUCAAUGGUCGCCGCGAACAACGCUGAAGCGAUAAGACUAUAAUUUUGUAAAAAUAAAAGAAAACUAGUAGUAAUCCCCGAAAAUCGGGGUGCUCGGUAGUCUAAAAAAUCUGCAUAUUUCUUUAUUCCUUAUUGCUUAUUGCUUUUGGUAGUUAACUUUAACUUGGUAUUUGUGCAAGAUCGUACUCUACUCAAUGCGCCAUGGUUUAAGCAAUCCUUUUGCUAGGGUCAUUGUUCGAAAAAAAAGCCACCGAUCCGGUUCUAUCGUAGCAGAUCGAAACCCAUGGCAUAACGACAUAACCUAGGAAAGUUGCCCAAGCAGCUAAACUGUGUUUUGUGUCGUGAGGUUAUAAUAUGGCAAUGUAUAGGAUGCAAAAAAAUGUUAUGCCUUGUCAAAUAAUGUUUUAAAAAUUAGUACGCAUAAGUGCCCGCUGUACUAAAAAAAGCACACUCCCAAAAGUUAACUUUUAAGCUUUUUUCGUUAAUUUUAAUUCCUAAGUUUGUUUAAAAUGGCUUUUAUGAUCACAUAAAUAAAAUUAGAUGUAAUAAAA